GGCGGAGCUACAUAGAUGCCUGGGUAUUCCCAGGAAUACCCAACAUUUUUUGCACAACCAUAAGUAUACAUAGGCAUAUACUGAAAUAUAUAAUGUAUAUUGGUCAUUUUAGAACACAAAUCAGCCCAAAGCCAAUUUCAUCAGCCUAUAGACUAUAGAGACAGGAGCUCAAGGCCCAAUGGCCCAGUAAGGCACACGAUGCCCAGUAAGCCUCCCCUGGCCUCCCCUGUUCGCACGGACGUGAGGCGAUAUGCCCCCGACUGCCCGUGACGCCCGUCCUCCGUCCUCCACUUUCAGCUCUCUGUUCGCCUUCGCCAUUCCCCAAUCCUCAAUCCCUAACCCUAAUCUUGCUGGCAUGCGGUUCUUCUCCGGCAAGUCGUGAGCGGCUAGCGGCGGCGCUCGGUGGCGAUAGUAGGCAGAGGAUGCAGCCGCGCAGGGCGUGGCGGAGCGGCAGGCCGCGUGAUGGCGAGUCGCAAGCAGCGUGGUGACUAGCUCAGCGUGUGGUGGAGCGGCGGUCGGCUAGCUGCAGCGUGGUGACUGGUGAGAUUAUUGCAUAAUGAAGAAGAGAAAAACCGUUGAUUUGAAGAGUUUGUGGGAAAAAGCAUCGAAGACAAGAAAAGUAGAAUUAGGUUCCACAUCAAUUCCAGAACCAGUUGCAGUAACAUCGGUGGUAGGGAGUGUGGCCCAACCUCAAGAUCCGCCAUCUGUUGUGCUGGAAACAAUUGUGAGUCAAGUUCAUAAUGAAAGCAUUCCAUCUGUUGACCAUGAGAUAGCAAGCAGAGAACUUGAGAUAGCUAGCAAUGACCCUAACACAGCAACCACAGAAUUGGGAGAGGAGCAGGAGCAGCAGCAGCAUAGAUCAGGGGAAUUCACAGAACCUUCUACUUGGUCUCCUAUCAGAGAUGGUGAUGACUCCGGCGAUGAAUCAAAUGAUGAAGCUAUUUAUGACAUUGACCGUCUAUCUCAUGAUCCUGGAAACAGAAUUCCCAUCAAAAGAUAUAAUGUUAAUGAGCGGAAUUCUGUGAUCAGGGCAUUCAUUGCAUUAGGUCCUUGUCAACCAUGGGACCAUGAUUUUCCUAUAAGGUAUAUUGGAGGUAAACCUCGUCGCUUCGUGCCUGAUUGGUUUCAUCAAUUCAGAUGGCUAGAAUAUAGUGUGCAAAAAGAUACUGCAUUCUGCUUUGUUUGUUACUUGUUCAAGCAUAAACUUAAUUCUUCUGGUGGAGAUGCUUUUGUGACUACGGGCUUUAGAAAUUGGCAUAUGAAAAGCAGGAUUACUAAACAUUGUGGUUCUGUGAAUAGUUUUCACAAUAUGGCUCAAGAGAAAUAUAAUUUGUUCAUCACACCUAAAAGAUCAAUUGUUGAGAAGUUUGCUACAAUAAAUGAAAAUGACAAGGCUGAUUAUAUGUCUCGUUUGUCAUACUCUAUUCAAUGUGCUAAGUAUCUUCUACGACAAGGUCUAGCUUCUCGUGGACAUGAUGAAAGUGAAAAUUCACUUAACAAAGGAAAUUUCAAGGAGUUGUUAAAUAUGCUAGCUAAAAACUUUGAAGAGGUUGGUAGAGUGGUUUUGAAGAAUGCCCCAAAGAAUUGUAAGAUGACUUCCCCUGAAAUACAAAGACAAAUUGCUAAUUGUUGUGCCAAAGAAACAACUAAGCUUCUCAUGGAAGACCUUGGUGGUAAUUAUUUUGCAAUUCUUGCCGAUGAGUCCAGUGAUGUGUACCAAAAUGAACAACUAGCUCUUUGUUUGCGGUAUGUUGACAAAAAGGGAAGGGUAGUUGAGAGGUUUUUAGGUAUUGUUCAUGUUGAGAGCACUACUUCCUUGACACUUAAAAUUGCAAUUGAGAAAUUAUUGAUGGAGCAUAAUUUGAGCUGGUCCAUGGUACGUGGGCAAGGUUAUGAUGGAGCUAGUAACAUGAAGGGUCAUGUUAAUGGUCUAAAGAAACUCAUUAUGGAUGAAUGUCCAUCUGCUUUCUAUGUUCACUGCUUUGCACAUCAACUUCAGUUAUCUCUUGUGGCAGUUGCUAAGGAAAACCCAGAUUGUAUUUGGUUCUUUGAUCAAGUUAGAUUUUUGUUGAACCUUAUUGGGAAUUCCUGUAAGAAGGCACAAAUGCUUCGAGAAGCACAAGCACAGAGAAUUCUAGAAGCUCUAGAAUUCGAUGACAUUCAGACGGGAAAGGGUUUGAAUCAAGAAAUGGGAUUGGGUAGGCCAGGAGAUACUCGUUGGGGUUCUCACUACAAGACUGUUAUGCACCUUUUAUCUUUGUAUCCUUCAAUUAGGAAAGUCCUCACGAAGGUUGGUGAUGAUCGCUCUCAAGGUGUUGAGUGUGCACAUGCACAAACAAUGUUGACAAUAUUUCGAUCAUAUGAGUUUGUUUUUAUGGCACACUUGAUGCAAACAGUACUUGGGUUCACAGCAGACUUGAAUUAUGCCUUGCAGAAGAGGGAUCAAGAUAUUGUCAAUGCAGUAGAACUCAUUUCCUUGACCAAGCUCCAAUUGCAUCAAUUGCGAGAGGAUCAGGGCUGGGAAGAUUUCCUCAAAGAAGUGGAGUCAUUUUGUGUGAAGAAUAAAAUCAAAAUUCCAGACAUGGACAUAUUCUACAAGCCUGUAGGAAGAGAUAGGAGGUUCUUUGUCCAGAUCAAGAAUCUACACCGUUAUCGUGUUGAUAUGUUCUUAAGCAUCAUUGAUAGGCAACUUCUAGAGCUUAAUGAAAGAUUUUCUGAGGUAAACACAGAAUUGCUAGUUUGCAUGGCUGCAUUCAGUCCUAUUGAUUCAUUUGCUGCUUUUGACAAAGACAAAUUGGUUAAACUUGCUGGAUUUUAUCCCAAUGAUUUCUCAUUGUUAGAGUUGAGACAUCUGCCCACUUCACUUACUUUGUACAUCAAUGAUAUGCUAGCUGAUGAAAGGUUCAACAAUGUGAAGACUCUUGCAGAGCUUUCUGUUAAGCUUGUUGAAACAAACAAGUAUGAUAGACAUCAAAUUGUUUACAAGCUUCUCAAGUUGGUGAUAGUGCUUCCAGUAGCAACAGCAAGUGUUGAAAGAGUCUUUUCUGUCAUGAAUUAUGUGAAGAACAAAUUGAGAAACAAACUUGGAGAUCAAUAUUUGAAUGAUUGUUUGGUUACGUUUAUUGAGCGGGAGUUCUUUCUACAAGUUCAAGACAAAAACAUUAUCAACCGCUUCCAAGCUAUGAAGGAACGCAGAUUUAAAGGAAGACUAUAGUUUUUGUAAGUUCUUUUUGUUACUUAUUAGUUUGUUUCCUACUGUCAUGCCUAUCUUAGAUGUGAACAAACUACAUUUGAAAUCUGUUGCUAUGCAUUGGAAUUUUUUUUUUUUGGUUGUGGGAAUACCCAAGUUCUUAAUCCUAGCUCCGCCGC